AACAAAGACAGCCAGCUUCUUCGGACCUUUUAACACACCUGCACCAGUCUUAUAUACACACAGACAUGUCUUCUGCCAGCAGUCUGUUAUCUGAAGAUCAGUUUCUGUGCUCCAUCUGUCUGGAUGUGUUCACUCAUCCAGUCACCAUACCAUGUGGACACAACUUCUGCAAGAACUGCAUCACACAACACUGGAAUAUAAAUUCACAUUGUCAGUGUCCCAUGUGUAAAGAUGUAUUUGACAGAAGGCCUGAACUACGAGUCAAUACAUUCAUAUCUGAGAUGGCUGAUCAGUUCAGACAACCAACAAUGGACCAACACAGAGAUGUUCUCUGUGACGUCUGCACUGAAACCAAACUGAAGGCUGUGAAGUCCUGUCUGGUGUGUCUGACCUCCUACUGUGAGACUCACCUGGAGCCUCAUCAGAGAAUCUCAGGACUGAAAAGACACAAGCUGAUUGAUCCUGUGAAGAACCUGGAAGACAGAAUGUGUAAGAAGCAUGAUCGACCUCUGGCACUGUUCUGCAAGACUGAUCAGAUGUGUGUGUGUCAGUUCUGCACUGAAUCAGAUCACAGGUCACAUGUCUAUGGUCCUCUGAAAGGAGAAUAUGAGGUGCAGAAAGCUAAACUGGAGAAAACAGAGGCUGGAAUUCAGCAGAUGAUCCAGAAGAGACGACUGAAGAUUCAGCAGACUAAGGAGUCAGUGAAGCUCAGCAAUGAAGAAGCAGACAGAGAGACAGCAGACAGUGUGCAGGUCUUCACUGCUCUGAUCCAGUCUGUUGAGAGAAGUCUGGCUCAGCUCAUUGAGAUGAUUGAAGAGAAGCAGAAAAGAACAGAGAAACAGGCUGAAGGCUUCAUCAAAGAACUGGAAGAGGAAAUCUCUGAGAUGAUUAAGAGAAGUGCUGAAGUGGAGCAGCUCUCAAACAUUGAAGACCACCUCCAGUUCCUCCAAAGCUUCUCCUCCCUGAGCCCUGCUCCACCCACCAAAGACUGGACAAAGGUUAGAGUCCAUUCAUCAUAUGGGGGGACUGUGAGGAGAGCUGUGGGUCAGCUAGAGGAGACACUCAGUGAAGACAUGAAGAGGCUGUGUGCUGAUGUUGAGCUGAAGAGGGUCCAGCAGUUUGCAGUGGAUGUUACUCUUGAUCCUGAUACUGCACAUGCAGCUGUCAUCCUGUCUGAUGAUGGGAAACAAGUCACAUAUGGUGAUCUGAAGAAGAAUCUCCCAGAUAAUCCAGAAAGAUUUAACUGUUGUUUCUGUGUUUUAGGAAAGCAAAGUUUCUCAUCAGGCAGAUUUUACUAUGAAGUUCAGGUUAAAGGGAAGACAGAGUGGGAUUUAGGAGUGGCCAGAGAGUCGAUCAACAGGAAGGGACAAAUCAAAGGUAUCCCAAACUAUGGUCUCUGGGUCAUUAGUUUGAGAAAUGAAAAUGAAUACAGAGGUCUUUCUGACCCUCCUGUCCUUCUCUCUCUGAAGUCAAAGCCUCAGAAGGUGGGGGUGUUUGUGGAUUAUGAGGAGGGUCUGGUCUCCUUUUAUGAUGUAGAUGCUGCAACUCUUAUCAACUCCUUUACUGGCUGUAAAUUUACUGAGAAACUCUAUCCAUACUUUAAUCCCCGUUAUAAUAAUGAUGGUAGAAACUCAGCCCCUCUGAUCAUCUCUCGUGUCAGUCACACUGAUUAGACUUGUGCUGUGUUCCUUUGGACAAAUGAACAGUGAUGAUGUAAAAUAUCAUUGAAUUUACUU